AUGUUAUAUCCAAUGAUGGGACUGCAAUUAUGUAUUACGAGCUCCUACAGUAGAUCAGUUCCGAGCAUGCAGUCGCAUCGUCGGCCUGGUCAGUGUGGCGCAUGCGGAGCUCUUACCAUUCAAUUUAUGUGGGGGUGGUCCCGCCUCCAUUGCAUCUAUGGAGUUGUGGGACGGAAUCCGUUUCACAGCGGUACCAGUGUAAUGCCACGAUGGCACUGUUUGUCAUCCGGGAAUCUUGGUCAAGAGUUCUUUCAGAUGUACCGUGCAGCAGCACCACCAGUCUUCAUGCCAGCGGGACAGCCGGUUGGUGAUCACAGUGUGAAAGGUGCACAGGUGCCAUAUCCAGGCGCAGUUAAUGCAGGACAGAAUUAUGUAACGUCAGGCAGUGCCGUUUACCAGAAUGGGCAGAUUCCACAGACCAUGACAUUGCAAAGUGGAACAGUUUGUGGACAAAUUGCUGGGCAGCAGGCGUUUCCAUCUCAGUUUACGUCAACCGUGGAAAUGAACAAUGGUAGGACACCGGUUAUGACUAUGAAUGGUGGAACUCAUCUCUUCCCUAACCCACCCAAUAAUUUCUUGAAUGAUAUACGGCAGAAUAGUGAUAUCCUGUCUAAUAUUUCUCCUACAGAUUCGCAGCUAAUAUCUCCCAAAGUUCCUAUACCUUCUAUCAUGACUGCAACUUUGAUGCCUGCAUCAGUCGGAGUCGCACCGUCAACACAAACUUUCAGUGGGAAUAUAUCUACAAUAUCUAGUACAGGGACAUUUCCACAUAUGCUUCCGUCAUCGCACCCGCUUCCACAAGUGACACCUAGUACAGAAAUUAUGCCACCAAUGCCACCGAUAGGGAUCAUAUCAUCGCCAAAUCCAUCCAUUACUCAACGGUAUUUUGGCACUUCCACGCAUAAUACUGCACCGGGAAUUGGAGGUGAAGCUGCAUCAAAACAUCCAAGAUUUGGUGGUCCAACAGGACUAGGUAGUUCUCCAAAAUCUGCUGCUAACAGUGGUCCACAGAUGCCUAUCCCCCCACAAAUGCCUGGGGCGUACAAUAGCCCUCCUUCUGGAUCUCUGGGACUCCCAUCAGUGCCUGGCGCACUACCCGUUAAUUAUGGUACCAGCGGUACUGGAAUGGCUGGACCAUCAAUGCAUGGAGAAAUAAUAGGAUCACCUGCUGCGGGACUGUACCAGCAGAAACCUCGUUUGGAUCCUAAUCUGAUGCCAAGUGUGGUUCAAGUAAUCGAAGAAGAUCGCUCAACAAAGAGUGGAACAUUUCCAACCGGUUAUCCUACAGCUGAGCAUCCACCAUUGACAUCAACUGAGUUUAUUGCUCAGGAUCAGGGUAUAUGUAGUCCGAAAUUUAUGCGAUCUACACUCUAUGUCGCGCCGGCAUCGUCUGAUAUGUUAAAAAAUUCACAAAUACCAUUUGCAGUCGCUGUCACUCCAUUUGCACGUUUGCUUUCAAAUGAGAUGCGACCUCCCAUCGUGGAUCUAGGAGAAUUAGGUCCGAUAAGAUGUCAUCGCUGUAAAGCUUACAUGUGUCCAUUCAUGGAAUUUCAAGACGGUGGCCGUCGCUUCAAGUGCCCGUUUUGCUUUGCAUCCACAGCUGUGGAUGAUUCGUAUUUUGCCCACUUGGACCACACUGGACGUCGCACUGAUAUUCAACACCGUCCUGAACAAUAUCUUGGGUCUUAUGAGCUUGUUGCAACAAAACCGUAUUGCAAGAAUGGUUUGAAACCAAAAGAACCUGCAUUCAUUUUUAUGCUGGAUGUGUCGUAUUCUGCAGUGCAGUGUGGCCUUGUAUCAGUAUUUUGUAGAAAUAUUCGAAAUUUGUUGAACAAUUUGCCCAAAGAAGUGGGUCAGGUGAAAUCGUCUUUGCGCAUUGGAUUUGCAACAUACGAUCAGACUAUUCAUUUCUAUAAUCUGAAAAGCCAUAUAGGUCAACCUGAAAUGUUGGUCGUUGGAGACGUGAAUGAUGUUUUUGUUCCACUGGUUGACGGGUUUUUGGUAACGUUGGAAGAGGCCGAUGUUGUUCUGAAUAGCUUGUUGUGUGAAAUUGAGAAGAUCUUCGGUGACACACGAAUUACUGAAACAAUGCUUGGUCCUGUUAUCCAGGCUGGUCUGGAUGCAUUAAAAUGCGCUGAUAGAGCAGGCAAAUUGUUCAUAUUCCAUACUAAUUUGCCGUUGUUGGAUGCACCUGGGAAGUUGAAAAAUCGUGACGAUCGAAAACUGCUUGGAACAGAUAAAGAAAAGACUGUUUUACAACCGCACAUCGAUUUUUACAGUAAAUUGGGCGAAGAAUGUGUGAAAGCAGGUUGUGCAGUAGAUUUAUUCUUGUUCCCAAAUUCCUUCGUGGACGUUGCAUCACUUUCACCUGUUUGCUCUCUAACGGGUGGUUCCAUAUACAAAUAUCAAUACUUUGAAACUCAAAAAGAUAGCGAACGUUUCUUGGCAGAUCUCUCCCACGACAUAAGUCGUGAAAUUGUGUUUGAUGUUAUGAUAAGAGUACGUACAUCCACUGGUUUGCGGCCAACUGGUUUCUUCGGUUCCUUCUUUAUGGAUAAUAGCACGGACCUGGAAAUGGGUGUCAUUGAUUGUGAUAAAGCAGUUCAUGUAGAAAUUCGACAUGACGAUAAAUUGCCAGAAGGAAGCGCCCACUUGCAAACGGCUGUACUGUUUACAUCAUGCAGUGGACAGAGAAGACUUCGUAUCCACAAUCUGGCUUUGGCUGUUUCAUCGGAUUAUAACCAGCUUUAUCGUGUUGCGGAUUUGGACUGUUUAACGUCUUUCCUCUUCAAGCAGGCGGAAUACCUUUUGCGAGACAAAUCUCCCAAGGAAAUGCGAGAAGCUGUGAAUGCACGUUGCGCGCAAAUGCUGGCAACAUAUCGUGAGAAGUGUAGUGAGCAAGCGCCGCUUGGGCAACUUAUUUUACCAGAAUGUUUGAAACUAUUGCCGUUAUUCGCGAAUUGCAUAAUAAAGAAUGAUGCACUUAGCGGGGGUAACGACAUGACUGUGGAUGAUAGAGCUUAUCUGAUGCAUCUUACACCAUCCUUGAAAACAGAAGAUGCAUUAACUUUGCUAUAUCCUACAGUGUUUCCGAUUUCCGACCUGAUUUUUGAACAGUGGGCAGCUGAGAUAACAUUACCGGUUUGCAUACGCGCUUCUUACGAUAACUUGUCACCAGAAAAAGCAUAUAUAAUUUUUAAUGGUAUCAUGAUGUUUUUAUGGAUCGGUUUAAAGGUACCACAGGAUUGGGUGCAAGAUGUCUUUAAUUCCAACUCAGUUACCCAUCUCAACGUGGAGAAUCAUAUCGUGCCGGAGCGUGAUAAUGCACGGUCACGUGCCGUACGUUACGUUAUUGAUCGGGUGAACAUGAAUAGCUUACGACAUAUGAAACUGUUCAUAAUCCGACAGCAGGAUGCGUUAGAAGCCUGGAUGAAGAAAUUUCUGGUUGAAGAUCGUACACUGAAUAUGCUCUCAUAUGUGGACUAUUUGUGUAACAUUCAUCGUGAAAUUAGAAGUUUGCUGAAUUGA